AUGAAGGUCCUGUGCGUGGCCGAGAAGCCAUCCAUCUCCAAAGCUGUUGCAAAGCACCUGUCUGGAGGUUCAUUUCAGACUCACAACACACGCUCGCAGUACAUCAAGAACUACGCGUUCACUUUCGACUUUGGUCAGCCAUGGGGACAAUGCGAUGUGACAAUGACGGCCGUUGUUGGCCAUCUGACCCAGACUCUCUUCGCCGACGGAUACAAGAAUUGGGAAUCACCUCCGCCUGUCUCCCUCUUUGGUGCGCCCACCAUCACCACGGUCCAUGAUGAUAAAAAAGCCAUUGCCAAGAACAUUGCCGACCAAGCACGCUACGCUCGCCUGCUAGUCAUAUGGACCGACUGCGAUCUGGAGGGGGAAUAUAUUGGCCACGAAAUUGUCGAGGCGGCCAAGGUUGGUCGCCGCGAUAUCACCGUCAAGCGUGCGACCUUUAGCAACAUUGAACGAGCACAUGUCCUCAAUGCGGCGCGAAGGUUAGGUAACCUAGAUGCAAAGCUCGUCAACGCUGUAGCGGCUCGCAUUGAGCUCGAUUUGCGUGUAGGAUGGGCUUUCACCCGCUUUAUCACCAACAGUCUUCGACCCAUGGGAGGUCCUGUUGAGUCUUUGAUGAUCAGCUAUGGAUCUUGUCAGUUUCCCACACUCGGCUUCGUCGUGGACCGCUAUUUCAAAGUCCGAAACUUCACCCCUGAAGCGUUCUGGAGCAUCAGAGUUAUGCAUAAGAAGGACGGCAAACAGGCCAAUUUUUCGUGGGCGCGGAACCGGGUCUUUGACCGUCUGUCGGCCGUGAUACUGUACGAGCGAUGCCUCGAUUCGAACAAGGCAAGGGUGACAAAGGUCCAAGAGAAAGCAACUCGCAAGUUCAAACCGCUGCCUCUGACCACCGUCGAGCUGCAAAAAGCCGCUACUCGCUUGCUCCGCAUGACUGGUCAACAAGCACUCAACCUUGCGGAGGGACUGUACAACAAGGGCUUCGUCAGCUAUCCAAGAACCGAGACUGAUCGUUUUGACAAGGGCAUGGAUCUCAAGAAAUUGGUAGAGAAGCAAACGCCAGAUCAGCGUUGGGGCCCUCACGCUCAGGGGUUAGUUCAGGGAGGCUUUCGACAACCUCGUGAGGGCAAGCACGACGACAAAGCUCAUCCUCCGAUUCACCCUAUCACGUAUGCCUCGCCUUCGGUUCUGAGCCCGGACGAGGCCCGCAUCUACGAAUACAUUGUUCGUCGUUUCUUAGCCUGCUGCUCUGAGGAUGCCAAAGGCAUGGCUACGGAUAUCGAGCUCCAAUACGGCGAGGAAAUCUUCACGGCCCAUGGUGUUGUCGUCUUGGAGCGGAACUACCUCGAGGUGUUCAUCUACGACAAGUGGGAGGAUUCUGCAGAGCUGCCCAACUUGAGAGUCGGCGAGCAGUUCGAGCCAACGGAAGCCCUUUUAAGUGAAGGCAAAACUUCGCCGCCCAACUACCUCACGGAAGCAGAUCUCCUCGCGCUCAUGGACGCCAACGGCAUUGGCACAGAUGCGACCAUGGCUGAACAUAUCCAGAAAAUUCAGGAUCGCGAGUACGUGCAGACCACAGAGCGGGGCGGACAGGCGGCGAACGACGACGACGACGACGAUCCCGACUAUGCUCCAGUGGCCCGCGGCACCCGCGGCCGCGGGCGUGCGAGAGUGGCUCGCGGUGGCAGAGGUGGACGGACGAGUGCAGGUGGUGGGAGGAGGGGCAUCAAGGUAUUUGUGCCGACGCGACUUGGCGUUGCACUAAUCCUGGGGUUUGAUCGGAUGAACUUUGAGACCAGUUUGGGCAAGCCCUUCCUCCGAAAGCAGAUGGAGACGAAGAUGAAGGCCAUCUGCGCAGGCCAGACUACCAAGGAAGUGGUGCUCCGAGAAAGCGUUGCGCAAUAUCGCCAGGUCUUCUUGCAGUCACAGGAAAAGCUCAAUGUUCUGAAAGCUGCAUGCCGAGAGUUCGUCUUCGCAGGAGACUCGCUUGCCAGCAACGUGAUGGUUGCACAGGAGCCAGCUCGCCGGUACCACUGGGGACUUGCGACGACCAUCACGACGCGGCGCUGA